AUGCGGCCCCAGAGAGGUCCCCCCCGCGCCGCUCCGCCGCAGACGGUGAAGCAGCUGCUGAAGGAGCUACGGCAGCAGAAGAGCAGGGAAGGGGCGAGAUCCCCGGUUUUGGCUCUGCCCUCCCCGCGCCCCUCGGAUGGCGCUCCCUGGCCCGUUGUCCCCACGGUGACUCCCGGCCUCUGUGCGGUCCCACAUGUGUCCCAUGGCAGCCCGGGGGGGGCCCAUGAGGGAAGGGUCUCCGGUCCCAGGGGGUUUCAGGCUGCUGCCAUCCCUGGCCCUGCCUGGCCCCAUCCCACAGUGCCGUGGGGAGAAUUUGGGGCCUCCCUGCUGGGAAGGGAGAUCCAAGACCCAUAUCCUGAACCCCAGGACCUGGCAGCCGCCCGCGCUGCACUGGGGGGCCAAGACCCCCGCGAGCUGCUGCGGCAGGACGAGGAGGGGGACACGCUGCUGCACGUGCUCUGUGCCGGGGGGCACUGGGCGCUCGCCCGGGCUGCGGCCGAGGCUCUGCGGGACCUGGGGGGACUUGAGGUGCGGGAGCACCUGGGCAAGACUCCCCUGCUGGUGGCAGCAGCAGCCGCAGCCCCGGAGAUUGUGCGGGACCUGCUCGUCCUGGGGGCCAAUCCCGACGCCGCUGACCACGGGGGCCGCACGGCGCUGCACCUGGCUGCAGCCUACGGGCACCCUCAAAUCCUCCAGGCCAUGAUGUCCUCGGGGGUUCCUGUCAACGUGGAGGCCAGAAAUUUUGAGGGCCAGACCCCUCUGCACUGCGCUGUCCUGGCCCACAACGCCUCCCUGCAGGGAGGGCACAGCCCCACAGGGGGCUCUGGAGGGGGGUCCCCCACUCCCCAGGACCGAUUCCGCUGUGUGGAGCUGCUCCUGCAGAUGGGGGCAGACAGCAGCAGCCAGGACACCAAAAGCAGCCUGACAGCUCUGCACAUGGCCGUGCGGGGAGGCAACCUUGCCCUGGCCCACCUGCUGCUGCGCCAGCCUGGCAUGGCCCCCCGCCUCAUCAACAUCAAGGCCCACGGGAACACGCCCCUGCACAUGGCAGCAGCACUACCUGGGACCCCCAGCCAGGAGCCCCUCGUGAGGCUGCUCCUGGCCUGGGGUGCCGACCCCAGUGCCCGCAACCUGGAGCACGACCUGCCCCAGAGCCUGCUGCCCCCGGGGGCCCCCGGAGACCAGCUCCGCCUGCUCCUGAGGAGCCGCCGGGGGUCCCAUCGCCCCCCCCACACCGCCGAGUGACGUCAGCGGGGCGGGGUCUCCCCGGUAUCAGAUGGGAGGACACCCCCAUAUUGGGGGAUUUCCCCAUGUUAACUUUUCCUGAUUUCAAUGAAAUUGCCCCCAAAUUUCUGUGAAAUGAGUCUGAACCACAUUGGUUUGGUGGGGGGAGGAGCACAGAGGGAGUCCAGCUCCCCCUUGCCCUCCCCCCCAGCCUCAUUAAUGGGGGCUGCUAAUGAGGGGCGUCUCCUCUAAAUUGGGGGAUUUGGGUGGAGCAUGCAAAAUUGGAGGGGAAACUCAAAAACUGAGAGAAUUCUGGAAUUAAAUAAAAACUUUCUUAAAAUUUGA